AUGUCUUUGGUUUUCGUUUUUCUAUUGUGUCUUAAUUCAGCUUGUCAACAAGAUUGGAUUUGCAACGGGACGUCAUGUUAUAAAUUGGUUACGUCAUCAAGAUUGAGUUGGGGAAAGGCAAAGGAGGAAUGUGAAAAAUGCCAGGCCGGAUUGGUAAAGGUUGAAUCUCUUGAAGAAAAUGAUUUCAUAAAAACGAAGCUUUUGCCGACCAGAAAUAACGGUAGUUACUGGAUUGGACUUUCAGACUCUGCCAAUGAAAAUGACUGGAUGUGGACGGACGGAACUAAAUUGGAUUCGGAUGGAUACAAAAACUGGGGAGAUAACCAGCCCGACAAUAACAAAAAUCAGCAGAAUUGUGUAGCAAUACAAAUAAGAAAAUCCGAUCCAGACCAUUAUGGGAAGUGGCACGAUCGACGAUGCUCUCAGAAAAGGAAAUACAUUUGUGAAAAUCUAUAG